AUGAAUUUAAGAACCAAAAUAAUUCUGGAAAAUGCAAAGAAGCUAAGUGGAGCUGUUGAAUCGUUGAAUUCAGAACAAGAAAACCGUUCAAACAUGCUGUCUACUUCUGCCAGUUAUGCAUUCGAGUCUACGGCAUCACAACCUCUAGCACUCAUGCCUAUAAAAUCAACAAGCAUACUAGUGAGUCCAGGACCGGAUAGCUGUCCAAUCACUGAACAUGCUUGUACUGGUAAAGUACCCGUUGCAUCAGAUGCAGGAACCACAUUGUCCGAUACACCGAGUUUUCCCAGCAACUCUGCAGUAGGAUUGAUAGAUUACUUGGACAUCAAAUUAUAUAAAUCAUUUCCUUGUUUGUGGAAAGUGAAGUCUCAAGAAUAUAGUGACCGUAAUGCCAAAUCUCAAGCUUAUGAUAUAUUGAUUGAAAAAAUGCAGACUGUGCACCCAGAAGCUAACAGAGACACUGUAGUCAAAAAGAUAAAUUCUCUACGUACCACCUACAGAAAAGAAUUAAAACGAGUUUUAGAUUCUGAAAGAUCAGGUGCUGGAGAAGAGGAUAUUUAUGUGCCCCAUUUAUGGUAUUAUGAGUUAAUGAAUUUUAUAAGGGACCAGGAAAUUCCAAGGAAUACGAAAUUAAACAUUGAAAAUACAAAAAUAAAUGAGGAUCCUACUAGUCCUGCUACUGAAACAAUCCCUUUUGAGUCAGAAUCUACCGACAUUUCUUUACCACCCACACCAUGUUCAACUCUAUCUAUACCAAGUCAUCAAAAAAUAGGCGCAAUGACAAAUGUGACGAAGUAUAAUUUUGAUGAUAUUGGCAAAGUAUGGGCAUCAAAAUUGAGGGACCUCCCUGCACAACAAGCCAUACACGCAGAAAAAAUUAUAAAUGAAGUAUUUUACGAAGCUCAGAUGCAAAAUUUAAACCGGAAUUGCUUUUUGCAAAUUCAGCAGGAAACUUCAACGACCAUUCCACUAACAAGACAUGCUCACUCAUACAGUAUCCCAACCACUUCUAAUAUUUAUCCAAGUUUCAACUCUCAGCCCCCAUUCAACCCUCAGCCUCGGCCCCCAUUCAACCCUCAGCCUCAGCCCCCAUUCAACACUAAGCACACAUUUAAAAACCAGUCCACCUUCAAUACUUAUAACUACCAAGAAGAACCAGAACGUGAAACGGCUGCAGAAUUCUUUCACCACUUCGACGAUUCGCGGAAAAAUCAACGUCGAAAUUUUAAAGAUGAUAUUCCUAGAAGUUCCACAUCUCAAAAAUUAAAUAUCAUGACACCUCAAUUAACUUCAGCGCUGGAUCGAACAAAUGUAUCAGCUAGAGAUGCAACCAUUAUUUUGGCAGCUUCAGCGGAAAGUUUCGGAAUUCCUCUUGAAAAUGUUAAUCUUUGCCCAAGUACAGUUUACAGGCAUCGAAUUAAAAAUAGAAAAAGUCUUGGAGACAGUUUAAAAAACAAUUUUAAAGCACCGAAUACGUUAACUCUUCAUUGGGAUGGAAAGCUUCUACCAGAAAUGACUGGCUCCACAAAAGUUGAAAGACUACCAGUAAUUAUAACGGGUCUGGAUUGUGAACAGUUGUUAGGCGUGCCUAAAUUGAACGAAUCGACUGGUCUUCAUCAGAGUGAGGUGAUAUUUGAAUUGCUGCAAGAAUGGGAUAUAACUAAUAAAAUUGGAGCUUUAUGUUUUGACACCACCAGUGUCAAUACAGGUUUUGGUUUAUGUGCAGUGGGUUUUCAGGAAAAUUGGUCCGAAGAGGAAGUGUACAAACAUUUGGCAGAAUUAUUUAAGGACAAAUUGGAAGGAAGGAACUUUGAAAUAUCAAUUCCGAUAAGUCGAUCCCUUGUUAAGCCCAAUUUAGCCACUAGUAGCUGUAGGGAUGGAAGCUGUUUAAGUAUUUACGUCCGUUAA